AUGAUCAAUGGUGUUCUCUACGUGGACCGUAUGGAGACAAAGUCUUUCCGACGAGACAAAGUUGAGGAGGAUCUACCUGAAGGAGUGCCUUAUGGAGUUCGAGCAGCGAAGGUACCGCGCUCGAGGCCGAAGUCGUCGACCGGCAAGCGGUCGGCUCGUGCUCGGAGAUAG